CUCAUUUUACCAAGUAGUAAAUUAGCUAUUCGAUCAUGAGCACAUCAACCAACAUCUGCUCUGUCUCCAACCUUACUGCCUUCCUCACCGCCUCCUUUAACCUCAACUCUUCUUCACGUGCAGCAUCCUUUCUUUGCUCUCACAUUUCAACUAUUUCACACAGAUUUUCAGACACGACGUCCGCUAUUGAUACCACAUACCUUCUAUUCUCUACGUACAUCGUGUUUACCAUGCUGAUAGGCUUUGCCAUGCUUGGCGCGGGUUCUGUACGCGCUAAAAACUCCAAGAAUAUCAUGCUAUGCAGUAUCCUCGAUGCUGCUUCAGGUGCCAUCAGUUACUACCUCUUUGGAUUUACCUUAGCCUUCGGCAAGCCUUCCAACAGUUUUAUUGGUGGACACCACGAAUUCCUUGCCUUAAAUACAUUCCCUGAGAACUCUGGCUAUGACUUCAGCUUCUUCUUAUUUCAGUGGACUUAUGCAAUCACCGCUUCGGGAAUCACAAGUGGCUCGAUGGCUGAGCGCACUCAAUUCAAUGGUUACCUUAUAUAUUCUUUCUUUCUAACCGGUUUUGUCUAUCCGGUAAUAUCACAUUGGUUUUGGUCAAAUGAUGGUUGGGCUAGUCCAACGCAGACCAACAAUAAACUUUUUUUAGGCUCUGGUGCCAUUGAUUUUGCUGGUUCCGGUGUGGUUCACAUGGCUGGUGGGAUAACUGGUUUAUGGGGAUCCUUAAUUUUAGGUCCAAGAAUCGGCCGGUUUAAUCAACGAGAAAACAGAUCCUCGGAAAUCCGUGGUCACAAUGUACCGCUUGUUGUGCUUGGUACUUUGAUGUUGUGGUUGGGAUGGUACGGGUUCAAUGCUGGUUAUUUCUUAAACAUUUUAAAAAUUUACAACAGAUCUCGUCCUUAUUAUGGUCAAUGGAGCGCCAUUGGGCGGACCACAGUCACAACAACUCUAUCCGGCUGCACUGCAGCGUUAACCACUAUGUUCACUAGGCGACUACUAGUAGGACAUUGGAAUGUGGCACAUGUGUGCACUGGUUUACUAAGCGGCCUUGUGGCUAUAUCAUCCGGAUGCGCGGUUGUAGAGCCAUGGGCCGCCGUUAUAUGUGGUGUUGUGGCAUCAUGGAUUUUAAUUAGUCUUGACUUGCUUGCCAAUAAAUUUCAUUUUGACGACCCGCUUCAGGCUUCUCAAGUGCACGGUGGUUGUGGGACGUGGGGGUUACCAUUCACAGGAAUAUUUGCUAGAAAACAAUACAUAAUCGAAGUAUAUGGUGGCGAAAAUGGAAGGCCAUACGGGUUGUUGAUGGGUGGGGGUGUGAAACUACUUGGUGCACAAAUUAUUCAGAUAAUUGCGAUCUUUGGCUGGGUAACGAUAACAAUGGGAUCUUUGUUUUUUAUGUUACAUAAGAUUAAUCUACUAAGGGUGUCGGCUGACGAAGAGAAGGUUGGACUUGAUAUGACAUUUCAUGGUGGGUUUGCGUAUGGGGCUCAUCUAGAGGAUGCAGACUGGGUAAAGCCUUGGAACCAAGGAGCUGAGACUGACUCAAGAACAUGAGUAUUUUACAUGCUGGCCAUCUCUAUUUGAUUUAUUGAUAUCAAAUAGAUAUAUUUGUUUGU